AUGACUCCUACUCCUCCCUCAGGACAUUCGUCGCACUCAGGGGCCUCACCAGACCAGUUUCGAGUGGUGCGAAAACGAAAUCGAAUUCCAUUGUCAUGCGCGCCGUGUCGGCAUCGAAAGCUGAAAUGCAACCGACAACAACCAUGUGACAACUGCACCAAACGCGGAGAUAAUACUUCGUGCACUUAUGCCGCUCCGGCGACGAGAAAGAAGGGCAGCUCAAGUCACAGCGCCUCAAAUUCCACACCGGAUGAUAUGCAGAAUCGGAUUGAUCGACUCGAGGGACUGGUGUUGUCCCUGAUGACAAGCGGCUCGCAGUCUGUAGGUCCCGCAGCUGUCCAGCAGGCGCUAUCUGCCGGCACGAGCGUGAUUGGAAGUGGUUCUUUGGGUCCGCCCUUGGACAGUGAACUCGACGAGACGACAAUGAUGGACGAUGGCGACAAUCAAGAGGCCGAAAGUGAGACGGACGGUGUGACGCAGAGCUUCGGGAUCCUCAAAGUCGAUUCCGAGAAGCAAAAAACAUUCUACGUUGGUGAAGCGCACUGGGCUGCGCUUUUGAGUGAGAUUGGAGAAGUCAAGAAUUAUUUCAAUGCCCACAAGAAGGAGUAUGAGGCACAGAUGGAAAAGGUUGAGCAAGCAAGAAAAGCAAUGGGCACCGAUGCUGGGGCAGGCCCUGCUCUCUUAUUUGGCUCAACCGUACCUCCUAGCCGCGCAGAGAUUCUAGCUCAAAUACCUUCACGAUAUAUGUCUGAUAUUCUGAUCGGACGAUAUUUCAACACCUUCGACCCCUCGACUCACAUUCUGCAUGGCCCAACGUUCCAGAGACACUACAAUCAGCAUUGGCAAGAUCCGUCAAAGAGCUCGAUUGUGUGGGUGGCCAUGUUGUUCGCUAUGAUGCGCCUGGCCAUGCUCUCGUAUGGUAGAGAAGGCGACGAGCCGCCUGAGUUUCGGGGCAAGUGUCAGGACUAUUCGGCCAACUUUCGCACACAGAUGGCGCACUGUCUUAUUACAGCCGAUUACACGAAACCACACAACUACAUCAUCGAGACAUUAAUAUUUCAUCUGCACGCUGAACACACAUCCAAUCGAGAUUCGGAGGCCAGUGUUUGGGUUCUGGUCGGCAUGAUCGCGCGCCUCGCAAUGCGCAUGGGAUAUCACCGGGAUGCCAAACUCUUUCCUAACCUGACCCCUUUCCAGGGGGAAAUGCGGCGCCGUAUCUGGACAUUUGUACGGACCGCGGAUUUGUUGUUUUCCUUCCAAGUUGCUCUACCUUCGAUGAUUCGGAUUGGCGACUCGGAUACAGAUCUACCACGUAAUAUUUAUGACGAUGAGUUCGAUGAAGAUUCGACGUCACUCCCUCCAGCACGACCUGCGAGUGAAGCCACGCCGAUCUCGUACAUGAUCGCCAAAGGCAGACUGUCAUUUGGAUUCGGUCGUGUCUUGGAGGAAGUGAACGGAGUCAACAAGAAAGGAUACGAUGAGGUGCUCAAGAUUGAUAGUGGAUUGAGAGAUAUCUACGAGAGCAUUCCGGACCAUCUCAAAAUUCGCCCUAUGCCUGAACAGACUCUGGCUCCCAUAUCCCUGAUUAUGGCUAGAUUCAGCUUGGCAAGUGUAUACCACAAAUCCCAAUGUGUGUUGCACCGAAGAUACAUGCGGCUUGCACGACCAGGGAAUCGAUAUGUGCACUCGCGAAGAAUGUGUCUGGACUCAGCGAUGCAACUACUCAGUUUCCAAGCCAUCCAACAUCAACAGAGUCGAGAACGUGGCCGGCUGAGAAGCCUGCGGAACCACGUCAACUCUUUGACCGCACACGAUUACCUCUUGGCAGCUACUGUGGUAUGCAUGGAUUUGUACAAUCACCGUGAGCGUGGCGACAAUGAUGUCAGCACACCGAGCACAUCUGUGAGUGGCGGAAGCGUCAGUCAAGGCAGUAACAAUUCGGAUGGCGGUGCAUAUGUGCAGGGGCUGAACUACACGCGCGAUGAUCUGAUCCGCGCCCUAGAAGAGAGUCGCGAUGUGUGGAUGGCCAAUCGGGACCUAAGCAUGGAAGCCUACAAGGCAAGCGAACUCUUGAAUGUGCUACUAUAUUACAUCAAGUCACCUUACUCUCCCAGCAACCCUGGAACUUCACAGCUUCCGGCAACCGCACAGCCGACACCGGGAUCGAGUAACGAUGAACAGAACGCUGCGAUGACUCUGGGCAUGCUUCAGGCCGGAGGUCUGGCGUCGGGCCAAAGUGGUGGUGUCGCGCAAGCACCUUCUCCAGGCAGCCAAUUCGACAAGAUGGGCCUCAAUGGGGUCUUGGGUGCCAGCAGCGAUCUGACCGGCGCAGGCAUAUUUGGCACAGGAGCUGCUAAUGCAGCGAGUCCAUUCCCAGCAGCUUUCUUCAAUGGAAUGGGCGAUUUUGGUCAGAACAUGAAUCUAGAUUGGGAAGCAUGGGAUCAGUAUAUGCAACCCCAGAGUCUGAGCCUGGACCCCGCGGCGAACCUGUGGUCGAGCAACUCCCCAAGCAAUAAUCUAUUCACACAAUCCCCUGAUGCUGCUAACGAUAUGUCGUUUGGUAUGAGCGGUGCGAGUAGUUUCUACGCUCCAAACACAAUCAGCAGCGUGAUGAGUGGAUCGACGGAUCCCAAGUCGAACGAUCAGAUGCCGAAUCUGACGGCCAACUCGACGAGUCCACCGAGCACGGAUAACAAUAGCGGUGAAGUGUUUAUGGGGGUAUCGACGCCACAACCAGGGGGUAUUCCAAGCUGGAAGUGGACGGUGAUGAGUGACAAGAAAUAA